AUCAAUCCGAACAGAUCAUAACAUAUGCUCUCCCUAUACACCGCCCACUUGUUUUCCUUCAAAAGCAGCCCUUGGAUAGCAUUUUGUCGCCUUCUUCACACUUGACUUCCUCUCAAGAUUACUCUCAAUCAACCAAUUGUCUAUCAAUAUCUUAUCACAAAAUGCUAUCUCUUGUCCAACGCGUGGCCUUAUUAGCAGCUUUAUCUUUUAUGACUCUCGGACAAGUGUAUGCUCAUGCCUGUGGUCCCCAAGGCACGAUAAAAAUUCAGAAGAAAGAUUGUUUUAGCGCCAUGAAUCGCUUGCCGGGCACCAAUGGUCAGAUCUCCUCGAAAUCCAAUCCGCUGACAGCUAUUUACCGUACUUGCAAGCUCGUAUUGAGUACCGAAGAUCCAAAACAAGUGAUCCGCGCCACUAAGGCGGCUAUUAAGGACGGCAUCAAUAGUGAUAUUGACUCAUGCCACGGCUACACUAGCGUUAACCUCCAGGAUGAUAAGUACCCUGACCUCGCUGUCAGGAUGUAUGUAGGGGCGUACAACAGCGAUCCUAGCGAUGAGACAUAUACAGGAUGAAUUCCACACUUUCCAAGCUACAUUCGCACCCCCAUGCAUUUCGGCAUUAACCUUAGAUGAAAGUCUGCCCUUGAUUAUUUUGGCUACUGCACUUUUUGUUUGUCGAUAAAUUUUAGCGGAUGCGUACGGCCUUUGUCUGUCUACAUAGUAACUUGUUCAUGUGUUCUGCCUGCAUUUAUUUUGUAACGUCUUCAAACCCCGCGUACGCUUGUAAAUUUUUUAAGUUUCUAAUGUCAGCAUUCUACGGACAGCUCCGGUAC